AUGCAAACUAAUGUGGCCUGCCUGGCCUUCCACAUAUCGAGACGUUUUUUAAAUAUUCCGUCGAGGUCUCUGGCUACUUCUGCACCUAAGGUUGCUUCUACCUUCUCCGAACGACUCGCGGUUGGACCCUCGCUUGACGAUUUUGUGGCGGAUAAUGUUGAUCUUGACGAAUCUGGGCCUUCGAAAGUAACACUAGGUAAUACAUCUCAGCCUCGCCUCCCAUCUCACCUCAAGACCAAAAUCCCUACUGGGCAAUCUUACACAAAUAUUAAGAAAGACCUUCGAGGGCUUGGUCUUCAUACCGUGUGUGAAGAGGCGCGUUGUCCAAACAUUGGCGACUGUUGGGGAGGUGGAAAAAAAGCUGCGACUGCGACGAUCAUGCUCAUGGGAGAUACUUGCACGCGAGGAUGUCGGUUUUGCUCGGUCAAGACAUCAAGGACACCCCCUCCAUUGGAUCCCCACGAGCCAGAAAACACGGCCGAGGCUAUCAGUCGAUGGGGAUUAGGAUACAUUGUUUUAACCAGCGUUGAUCGCGAUGACCUUGCUGAUGGGGGUGCCGCUCAUUUUGCCUCUACAAUAGCCAAGAUUAAGCAUAAGGCUCCCUCGAUCCUUGUCGAAGCACUUACUGGUGAUUUCCAAGGCGAUUUGUCUUGUGUCGAACGGGUUGCCAAGAGUGGUCUUGAUGUUUAUGCUCAUAAUGUAGAGACUGUCGAGGCGCUUACGCCUUUCGUUCGAGACCGUCGCGCUAAGUUCCAUCAAUCACUUGCCGUCCUUGCUCAUGCGAAAAAAUCGGGAGUUAAGAUUACAAAGACUUCGAUUAUGCUUGGUGUGGGGGAGACGGAGGAACAAGUAACGGACACUCUCAAAGCUUUGCGGGCUAAUUCUGUGGAUGUCGUCACUUUUGGCCAAUACAUGCGCCCUACGAAGAAACACAUGAAGGUUUCACGGUAUGUUGAGCCUUCCGAAUUUGAGAUGUGGAAGAAACGCGCAGAGGAUAUGGGUUUCGCGUAUGUUGCGAGUGGGCCAUUAGUUCGGAGCAGCUAUAAGGCUGGCGAAUAUUUUAUCGAAAACAUGCUGAGGAACGGAUCGAAUGAUAAAGGGGCUCUGAAGACCGCAUCCCUACUUUCAGCGGACGCCGGCCAGGCUGAUCGCCCGGCAGGUUCAGUCAAGGAGUGA